UAGAAGUAUAUAUCUUUAAAAUGUUUUCUUCACAAAUUUUCAAAUGGGUUUGAGUAGUAUUCCAAGAAGUUGAAAUCUUUCCGAAUGUUUUUCCCACAGUAACCCUAACAAGCUCUCAUUGAAUCAUGGUGAUCAUCCUCUGUGCAAAUCCUUUCCCCCACUCUAGCCAAGGGUUUUACGCUACCAACAACCCGUUUCAGACAAGUGGGCCAAAAGGACGCAUCGAAAGCAAGAUGAUUGGGAACAAUAGAAUAUUCAUGAGGAUUGAUUUACCGGGGGUUGAACAAGGAAACGUUACUGUUACCAUUGACGACUCAAAGAGAGGUGUGCUUAUCAAAGCCGAGGAGCAAAGUCGCAACAAAAAUGUCUCCUCCCUACGCAGCUACGAAACCCACGUCACUCUCGGCUACCAUUGCUGCGAGAUAUCCACCAUCGACAACCCUCAAGUAACCGACGGGGUUCUCAGGCUAUUCAUCUCCACGACCCACCUUAACAUCUACGGGGUUCCAUGCUCUGCCGAUGAAGAUAUCCACGGCCGCCUUGUCCUUGACGAACCCGAUGAUCCAAAUAUGGCUUAUGAGUACGGGACGCUCCCUGAUGGCAGCGCAUACUUGCGUUUAGACAUGCCUGGCGUUCCCAAAGAUGACUUCACUACCGACGUCGUCGACAAGGGGAGCGUAAAAGUGACUGGUCACGCUCCUGCCGUUAGCCACGACUCAAGUGGUCGGUCUUACUCUGCUGACGCGGGUAUGCUCUGCGAUCCUGGCGUCAGAAUUUCCUAUCUUGAUGAUGAGCUGGAGCGCUACGCGGAGAACGGUGUGAUGCGCCUCAUCAUCCGUGAUCCGUCCAGCUUGAUUCCAUGAUGAAACCUCGUUUGUGUUUCUAGUUCCAUAUUCCGCAGAAGAUCUCGGGAUUAUGUCGUGUUUUUUUUUAGAAUGUUUUUCAUCAGUACGUUCCAAAGACGCAUAUAUAACGUAUUAAUAAUAAUUGAUGAAUGAUGACCCUAAUAACUA